CCAUAUAUUUUUGAAAUGGGAAAAGGAAAACAAGUAAAGGUUAAUGGAAAUCAGCUUCAGUCAAAGAAAAAGCAUUAACUAAAUUUAAAAAAAUGUAUAUAUAUAUUUAUUUAUAAAUAUCAGAGCAACUGAAUAUGAAAUAUUUUCGAUAAAUUUUCGCCCACAAAUAAGUUUUAAAAUUGAUAUUCUUUUUUAAAAUUGUACUAAAAGUUAUAUGCCCAUCAGAAAUUCCAAUUUGGCCUUAGGAAUUGUAUAAACAAAAUAAUCGAUCCCACUUUUUUGAAUAAAAUUCGAAGAAAAAGCCAUCGAUUGUUAUUGCCAGUGAACAUAUUUAUGAGUCCCACUGUCGGCAGACGGUUUAGCAGCUCACGCACAUUCCGGCAGUUUAUUGGCAUGCCGUAUGUUGGCCCGCUCGAAUGCACCACCCCCCUUUCCCGUUAUCCGCCUACUGCCCGCCGAACGCACACACACAUAGGGGCAACAACAAAUAAACUGUGGCUACGCAAAAUAUUUAACACGAAAACGCAGAAUACACACAAUCCGCUGGUGAAGCCAAGUGGUUGCAGUUCCCAGACGCGUGCCUCGCAGGCCACAUCGUAUCUGAUUCUGAAUCCGUUCGAGAAAGUAUCUUGUGUCCGGGGCAGUGCGUUUCUCUUUGUCACCCCCAAUCGCGCGUGGGUGUCCUGGCCAAAAACCACUCUCCCCCAACCAUACAUAUAAGUAAAUGAAAGUGUGUUCAAAAGUGCACCUAUAAAAUCACCUGGUGAUCAUCUUUAAUGGGAGAUAAUGCUUAAGAAAAAAAUAAAAUUGAAAUAAAAUUGAAAUUUUAAUGUGCGCCUGGUUAAUUGUGAAUUGUCGGCAUUCAUAACGUUCGCCUCAAUAUAGCUCUUCAUAAAAUUUAAUACAAAUAUUUAUGAGUUCUUAUUACGAUACUGGAUUGGACAGAAAGUCUUCGCGGGGCAUGAUAUACGAAAAUGAGGAGCUCAGGCUGCGCACCAUUAACAUUAAUGCUGAAGUGGAACGAGGGCAAUCGGACAUCAAGCGCCUGCGGCGGGAAAAUGAGCAACUGCGUCGGGAAAUCUGGACUCUGCGGGACGAGUGCGACAGGCUCAACAAACGCUUCAAGGCGAAGCUCAAUGAGCACGAGUUCGGUGGAUGCAGGGGCAGCGGGGGGAGUGGCGGCACCUGCCACGCCUACCGCUGCAGCGGCGGAGGCGGUGGGCGUGGGAGCGGAGGUUGUGAUGUAAACAGUGAUGACUCUGACUCAUGUGAUACGUGUCGUGGGGCAGACGACGGCCACUGCAGCGACGAGUGCUGCCAGGAGGGUGGAUCCUGUGCUCCGCUAAAGCCCCCACUGCCGCCGGAGGUGCCCAGCCACCCGUCUCCAUCCAAGAACGAGGAGGGUGGCACUGGCAACCAGAACAAGGAGCAGCAGCCCAUGCACUUCGAUCACCUGUCGGUGGUGUCCGAGGAGACCCUGAGCAACCCGGAGCUGAUGCUCGUCCAGCAGCAGGAGCACCUCACCAUCUGCCAGCCAGACCCCCACGGAUCGCAGAGCACUCUGCCCAGCAUGAUGGGACCGCUCACCCCGCUGACGCCCAUCGAACUGGUGGCCAAUCAGCUGAACGACCUGCAGGCGAUGGUGCCACCAUUGUCCUACUUCGAGAACAUCCUGACGCAGCACAUGGGCGCACGUAAUGCGGCCCAAACGCCCUCUCCGGAGUUGGGAACGAGUUCGAGCACCACCACCGGCAAGACGAUGCGGCACACGAACGGCUGGGACUACAACCUGCAGUCGCCCUUCACACAGCGCAAGUACUCCGAUAUGUCGUCGCCGUCCCGCUCGCCACCGCCGCCCGUGAGUACGAUGACCACCUUUGUGCCCACGUCGACCCUGCAGACGAUGCCCAGGAUCGCCCUGAAUGCGCCACCGCAUCUGCCGGAAGGUGGCAACAUCGAAACGGUGGCCAUCACCACGAAUGCCGCGCAACAUGCGCUCAACAGUCCGAAGCACUUCUUUGCUCCGAUCAAGCCGCGCUUGAGGCUCAACACCAAGUUGGCCAACCAGGGACAGGACCUGGAGCAGGAUGACCUACCGCCAGGAUCGCCGCCGCCGCCCCUGCGAGAUCCACCGGAUAUAUUCGUGAACAACGCCCUGGCCUCGCCCUACCAGCGACGGGUGUCUCCACAAGUAAGUCCUCGUCACCGGCGGUCCACUCACUCGCAUUGCCACGCCCACAGCCACCAGCGCAGCCGCCAACGUCCACAGCCGACCCACUGCUCCCUGCAUCGGGCGGUGGUGGAUGUGGCCGCUGCCGUUGGUUUGGGUGAGGUGGGUCCGCACCCGGGAUCCAGUGUCCUGGACAUAUACACUGCUGCUCUGGCGGCAGCCGCUGCCGCCAGGUGCUCUCCACUUCCGACGGUCCGGUCCGCGGAACCCAUCUAUGCCACAGCACAAAAGCCCGGCCACAAUACGUGCAUCUCGGCCACGGCUUUCACACAGCCGGUGAUGACCAUCACCACCCACUCCACCAAGACCACCACUUCGCCACUGAGAUUGGCCGGCAAAGCGAAGGCCGUUGGCGAGGCCAAGAGGGUGGCCAAGUCCGCGGAGAACGUCAGUCAGACGGAUUCGGUCAACUUGGAGUCGAUUCUGAACGACAUCGAGACCAUUUCGGAGGACAUACUGGCCAUCCAGUUGGAGAAGAGCAAGUCGCGUGACAACCUAAGCCACAAUAACAACAAGGACGACGAUCGGGCGAAGAAACCCUAUCGCUCCGAGAUGAAUCUGUAUUUGCAGUACGACGGCACAAAUCCGACCAUAUCGCCCGCCACAACGGAAACGGAAAUGGGAACGGCUACACCGGCAGUGACCUCGUCCAGUGAGUCGGGAAACAGUGGGAGCAGUAAGUUAGUGCGCCGCACCAGAUCAUUGGAGAGGGAGCACACCGACAGUCCUGCACCGCACAUUCCGGACCCCAUGGCACCGUUUCCCGACAAGUGCACCUAUCUGGGAUUCGAACAGGUGAAUCAGGCGGCAGGUGGGGCCGGAGUGGCCCCCCAAUCACCGAAUGGGCAGAGGCCGCCCAUUGCAGCCAAGCCGAACGUACCGCUAAAGGCACCGCCCCCGCUGCCACCCGCUCGCAGGCCAACCAUGCCCUCAGAACCACCGCCCCCGCCUCCAACCACUUCCGCUUCCGGCGUCAUCGGUCUGCCGCCCAACAAGAGCCACCUGUACAAGUCACUGGCCUCGGCGGCUGCCAAAAGAGCCAUCUUCCGCUCCUCGCCGUCGCAGUUAACCAGAUCCCUGGAUGUGGAUCUAACGGGGACGGAGGGCGAGGCGGGCGGGGAACAGGCAGCUGCUGCAAAUAUGGAUGAGUUAGCGCGGCGAAAGGCGCGACGCGUGUCCAUCGUGUGUGGAUCCGGACAGCGGGCACAGCCGGAUGAGGUGGCCACGUCCGUUACUACCCUGCCCAUGGCCACCGCCAGCUGUGUGGACCUGAGCACCGUGCUCACCCACCCGAGCAUCAAGGCCUUCAAGAUGAGUCACAGCACCCCCAGUUCGCCGCAUUCCUCGCGUCGCCGCACCAACAGCAACUCGAUGGCACCUCCGCCGGGAGCGCCAGUGGGUGGUGGACACCCCGAGGUCGGGGCCACUGCGUCGGCACCGCCCAGCACCACCCACCACCACCACCAUCGCAAGGAGGGCAGCGAUCCGGUUCCCAUGACGGCCACCGUCAGUCGGACCAAGUGCUCCAGGCGGCACUCCGAGGGCACUGUUCACACGUUGCACAGGAACAGCGCCGCCAGCGGAGGAGGAGGUGGAGGAGGAGGAGGUCACCACCACCACAGCCACGGGCACCACCACCCGCACAACGGGAUGGUGAUCAGCAGCAACCCGCACCACAGCCACCAUUCCCACCAGGACAGCAACCACGAGACGGCCACCUCGUUGUCCGAUCGCAACUCCAAUAGCUUCGCCUCCUCGCGGGAAUCCUCCACGAGCUUCAGCAUGCGCUCCAACCGCCGGAAGAUCUCGGUCAGCUCGCACACGGGCGGCAAGAUUCCGUGGUGCGGCUGCUGGGGCAACGGGUGCCUCUAGAUUGGGGAAGGGUUUCAUCAUCUACCGUCCAGGAACAAAACUCGGUGUAAUUCACUUAGCUGGCUUUCAUAAGACUACCUAAUCAAAAAUAGAAACUAGGAAGAGUUGAUCGAAAAGAUGUGUCAAAAUGUUAAUUGAAUGCAUUUAUUUUUUUUGCAAUCAGUGGAUAGAAAAACAAACGAUUCACUUUUAAAAUAAAGAAUACAAAUAUAGCACCUGUGCAAAUCAUGCAUUAAAAACAAAAUACAUUAAAGUAUUGCAUUGCUCCGAACAAUGGCAUAAAAGUCAUUAAAAAUCAUAAAAUUAAUUUCAAAUUUGUUCUGCUAGUCUGAAUUGUUAGUCAGGAAUUGGAAUCAUUGAGUAAAAUAAGUUAAAGCCAAUAUUAUUAAAUUGUCAAUUUUAUAAUAGACAAUUUGAUUAGCUUGCAUUGACUAAAAGCAAAGCUUAACAUUGUUAAACAAACGUGAUUACCAAAAAAUCAUUAUGUUCUAAAUAGUUAUAUUUCACUUUGAUUUUAUUUCUGAAUCUAGUCAGGUUUAUCCUUCUCUCUUUAAAAUUGGUUUUAAUAACAACUUUAAUAACCACCUUUUUUGAUUAGCCCAAAAGUAACCUAGGUAUUGACCAUAGCUAAGUGAAUUAUACUGUAUUCCAUUCAUGAGUGUACAUUUAUAGAUCUUUAUAUAUCCAAUUUACUUGUUUGUAUAUGGCUUAGUAAGUGUAGAUUGUUUAAGAAAAGCGGCCCAGCAUUUUGUUUCUAGAAACAAAGUACAAAACAAUUUUAAACAGUUUAAAAUUUAACCAGCGAAAUUGUUACCAAUCUUUGUUGUACAUAUUUUUGUAUAGAAACAAUUAAGUUGUAGCAUUUAAACUUUGACCUCGAACAAGAAAUCAUGUAAAUUCAAUGAACCUAUGUUAUAAUUGUUGCUGAAUUCGGAGAGAAUACAAAUCAGAAAUAUAAAAUAGACAAUUAUUUAUUAUA